AUGGCAGCAGCUCUCCGUGCGCUGAACGGCGCCAAUGGCGCAGACACCAGCAGACCAGAAAUGACCUUGACCAUGCUCGGAUGCGGCACCUUGGGUACUGCGAUCCUGUCCGGUGUUCUAGCCUCCUUAACCGAAGCCUCAACCAACCCGUCCCCUGAUUCCGCGACGGCAACACCUACCACCGAAGGCCCGCCUGCGCGCACGCCUAACAAGUUCAUCGCCUGUGUCCGCCGACCUCAGUCAGCGAAGCGUAUCAAACUCGCCGUCCAGGACUACCGGCCCGAUGUCACAGUUCUGCAGAACGAGAAUGUCAAAGGUGUCAUCGCCGCUGAUGUGGUCAUCCUGGGUUGCAAGCCAUACAUGGUUGCGGACAUUCUACAAGAGGAGGGCAUGAAAGAGGCCCUUGCAGGCAAACUCCUGAUCUCUAUAUGCGCCGGCGUCCCCGUGGAGCAGAUUGGCCGAGCCAUGUAUGGACCAGAAUAUCCAAAGGAUCUCCCCUCCAACGCAUGCCGGAUCGUGCGCGUUAUGCCUAACACCGCAGCCAUUGUGCGGGAGUCGAUGACCGUUAUUGCGACGACGACACCGCCUCUGCCGUCAGAGCUCUCUUCUGUCGUGGAAUGGAUCUUUACCAGGAUCGGUCGGGUAGUCCACCUCCAGCCUUCGAUGAUGGAUGUAUGUACAGCACUGUGCGGUUCGGGGCCGGCUUUUUUGGCUCUGAUGCUCGAGUCUCUCGCGGACGGUGCUGUCGCCAUGGGUCUGCCGCGGGCGGAGGCACAGUUGAUGGCGGCGCAGACAAUGCGUGGGACGGCCGGUAUGGUGCUUGCCGGCGAGCACCCCGCCCUUGUACGAGAAAAGGUCAGCACCCCGGGUGGAUGCACCAUUGGUGGUCUGUUGGUUUUGGAAGAGGGUGCGGUCAGAGGUACUGUUGCGCGGAGUAUCAGAGAGGCGACAGUCGUUGCGUCCGAGUUGGGCAAGGGAGUCAGUGGUGUGAACGGUACCCGAUUCCCGAAACAUUAG